GUGCAGUGCUUGUUCUUGGAGUGAAAACAAUUCGGUUUGCUCUCCCUGCUUUCUAACAGUAGGCGAGCUGUGACUGAAAGAGAGCGGUGGCUGAACGCAGUGCAACAAACUAUUCAUGCGCAACGAUCCCUGAAGGGGCUGAACACUGCACAGAGCGUGCGUCUACCUCCGUUAGCGCGCACGGACGAGGCGCGGCUCGGCAUGUGGAAGCCGCAGCCUCGCUGCACCAGCAGGAGCAUCCCAGGAGCAAAUCCAGCUCCAGAGGGGCAGAAAGCAGCCGGCAUUCAAGUGCCGCACGCCCCGACUCCUUGCGGUGCAAACUUCUGUGUCGUUUACGUGCCCCUUGCACAGCCAUGAAAACUCCGGGAGCAUUCGGCUAAGCCGUGCCGGGGGAAGGCGCUGGAAGCGGCGGUGCCGCCCGGGAGCCCCGAACGGGAAACGGGAACGGGAAGCGGGGCCGGUCCUGGAUGUAGGAAAUAUGAAUGACUGGCAGAGAAAAAGCCCUCUAGACUGGGAAACGUAUGUGAACAAAUUGGUGAAAGUUGUUGCAGUUGAGAAACAUGAAUAUGAAGGAUGGGUUUUAACAGUUGACCCAGUUUCUGCCACCAUCGUCCUUGCAACGUUCCCAGAGAACGAGAAAGUGUCCAUAUCAUUCAUCAUGGGCCACGCCAUCCAAGAGGUCGAAAUACUGCAGGAGGGGGACAGUGACAUGAAGCAGCGCCUCGCUCGCAUCUCUGCGCCCGAGGAAAGCCAAGCCUACAGCCCGGAGGAGCUGGAGAAGAGAAAGAACGCCUUGAAGACUUGGCUGGAGACCAACCACAUCCCCGUGGGCGAGCAGGGGGAGCUGGGCAGGACUCUGAGCGUGGCGGGGGUGCUGACCAUCGAGCCCCCGUACGGCCCCGAGCAGUGCAGCAGCACCAACGAGAUCAUCCUGUGCCGCGUGCAGGGCUUGCUGCAGGGAUACCUCCAGCAGCAGCGCCCAGACCCUGCUCAGGAAGGAGCCUUUUGUCUCUAGGAACGCUCCUGCUUUAGGAACUGCCCGGGUUUUGGAGCUCUCUUGAGGAUCAGCGUUCACUCUUUGCAGUAAUGCUGCGUUUUGGGUACUUCUGUCUUGGUUUUUGUACGUAAAGGAAGGGAUAAAAGAAGCAUAAACUCAAAAGCACAAGCGUUUUUUUUUUUUUUUUUUUUUUUUUUUGUGUGUUCAUGCGCUGUUUUUAUUAGAAGCAAGCUGUUGGGUAAUGCUGAUGUGUUAGUUUAGGAUUUUUGUAACAGUACUGUAAAAGAUGAUCUAUAAUACAUUUACUCUUUUCCCUUUGAAACUAGUUUAAUUAUCUAAUGCUGAAGGCAUAUUUAUUUGAACUGCUUACCAGAUUUUUUUUUUUUCCACCUGGACUUCCCGAACCAAAUUUCAAGAAAUGUUCAGAAAGCUGUUUCGCUGCUUUCUUGGCUGGUUGUUUGUUUGUUUGUUUCCCCAUUACUGUUCUCCUGGUUUAGAACAUAAAUUACAAUGUAUGUCCAAGUUUGUAAAAUUAUUAGGGAAGGUUAGCAGGAAAAUAGCAGAUGUAAAAACCAUUACCUAUCUGUAUUUGUUAUUUUAUAGCAGCGGUGCCUGGAAAACCAGUGUUCUGUGAAAGGAAAAUUUGUAGCAAUUCAGGAAGUCUGCACUUGUUAAUGCUCUGUUUCUAGUUUAUGCUAACACACUGUGCAGGAAUCAUCAUGUGAUUACUCCUGAGAUUAUUAAUGCAGUGAGGAACAUUUAGAGCCCUCAUUUGUAUCCGUCUAUUUGUUCUGCUUUAUUAGGAGAUAAGCACAUUGGUGUGGUCAAAUGCAGCUGGGAAGUUUGCCUAAGCCUUGUUCCUAAAAGGCUCUCCUCAUUGCUGCUGGGAUUUACCUAAAAUCAGGUAAAACUACUUCGAAUCUGUCAGGUUUGUGAUUAUUUUUUUCCUACGUCUGCUGCACAUCCGUUCUUCUGCGUGCCUUCCUGGAAAAUUUGAGAUAUGGCAGCACGCGACAGCUCCAGCUGCACGCCAGAUACGAGGGUAUAAACCAGGGCCCGAACUCCCAAGGCCGGUUGGGAUGGAUGCAAGGUGUGAGCCCUCACAGGAGACUUGGAGCAAUUCGGGAAUGCCUUCCCAAAAAGGCACCGCUCCCUCCUGGCCCACGGCAUCAGCUCCUUCACCCUCAGCGCAGGGGUGCGAAACGCAACGAGUGGCUCCCUGCUCGUCUGCCCCCUCAGAACCGGACGGGACCUCUCACUGGGGGCUGCCAUUG